CAGAUUAUCAAUAAAAAUAAUAGACGACUUGCAGAAGUAUGGAUGGAUGAAUUCAAGAAUUUCUUCUAUAUAAUUUCUCCAGGUGUUACAAAGGUAGAUUAUGGAGAUAUAUCAUCAAGACUUGGUCUGAGACAUAAACUACAAUGCAAACCUUUCUCUUGGUACCUAGAAAAUAUUUACCCUGAUUCUCAAAUUCCACGUCACUAUUUCUCAUUGGGAGAGAUACGAAAUGUGGAAACAAAUCAGUGUCUAGAUAACAUGGCUAGAAAAGAGAAUGAAAAGGUUGGAAUUUUCAAUUGUCAUGGUAUGGGAGGCAAUCAGGUUUUCUCUUAUACUGCCAACAAAGAAAUUAGAACCGAUGACCUGUGUUUGGACGUUUCCAAACUUAAUGGCCCAGUUACCAUGCUCAAAUGCCACCAUCUAAAAGGCAACCAGCUCUGGGAGUACGACCCAGUGAAAUUAACCCUGCAGCAUGUGAACAGUAACCAGUGCCUGGAUAAAGCCCCGGAAGAGGACAGCCAGGUGCCCAGCAUUAGAGACUGCACUGGAAGCCGGUCCCAGCAGUGGCUUCUUCGAAACGUCACCCUUCCGGAAAUAUUCUGAGACCAAAUUUACAGCAACAACAACAAAAAGAAAAAUGAAAGAAAAAAAAUAAGGAUUGACUGGGCUACCUCAGCACACGUUUCUGCCACAUUCUUAAGUAGCAAAAAAGGAGAAGUGUUUUCCUCUUCUGUGGGA